CUCUCCAGCGGCAGCAUGUCGAACCUCAGCUGACACUGACCGGACCGGCAGGGGACAUGGGCCGAGGUGAGGAGGAGGGCUUGGACUCAGGACUGAAGGAGGGCGGGGAGCUGCGGGAAGCAGAGGAGCACAGCUCAGGCCCGGACCCGCCUCCCUCCUGGUCGCUGAGGAGGCUCUGCUCUUGGGGAGGAUGGUGCAGUUUGGCCCCGGUGGCUGCAGUGUGGGCGGUCUGCCAGCAGGAGGCGCCGCUGCUCACCUCGCUGGCGCUGCCGGAGCUGUGCUGGAGGGUCGUGCUGGUCUGCGGCCUGUGGCUCCUGAUGGGGGCCGGACUCAGCGUCCUGAGGGCCCGCCUGGAGCCCGCAGCGGCGCGGAAAACCUUCGUGAGGUCGAAGCGUCAGGUCGCGACCGAGAGGAGGAAAGUCACGUACACGUGGACGUCCCGGUCCAGGGGCUCCACUCUCAGGGUCUCCCCUGCUCAGGCACUGGCCGACAGCCUGCUCCUGUGCGUCCUCCAGGAGCCCCUCCAGGACACCAGCGUCCCCCAAAUCCUGACGCUGCUGUCCAGACUGAACUCUGUGUCCCGCAGCCUGGAGCUGGCCGACCUGCGGUCCGAGGGGGGUGACCAGAGCGCAGCUGUGUGUGACAGAGUGAAGCUCAUCCUCACCUACCUGCAGGACAGGAUCCGGACUCUGCAUCAGCUGCUCCGGGCCCAGGGGGACCUGGAGGUCAGCGUGAAGGACAUGCUGGACGGGCUGGAGGACCUCUGGGCUCAGCUGGAGGAGCUUCACGCCGGAGUGACCCUCACCAAAGAGGGCAGUGAAGACCAAGUGGACCUGGGUUCUGCCUUGACCCGCGCUGAGACUUUGUUCUCUGUGCUGGGUCAGUACCGCAGCAGACUGGACCUGUGUCAGAACCACCUGAAGGAGAGCACGCAGCUGCUGCAGGAGCUGACCUGGAGUCACAGUCACAUGGGCAGCAGCAGUGAGUCCAUGUGGCCGGAGCUACUGCUUCAGUCCAACAUGGAGCAGUUCGACAAAGUGCAGGAGAGCUUCCUGUCCCUGGAGCAGCAGACGGCCACGUUCCAGGCUCACCUGGUGGGACUCGGGAGAGCCCACCACGACAGCCUGGCCUCCUCCAGUCCCAGCUCCUCCCAGGACCCCCCUCAUCCGCCCGAGCCUGCUCAUGGACCCUGGGAGACAGACGGUCUUCGGUCGCUGUGUGAGAGGUCGGCUCUGCAGUUCUCCUCCACCAUCGGACGCCUGCGCAGGUCCAGCAGGAGGAAGAAGUGACUCCAGGAGACUGGUGAGGCUCAGUGGAGUUGCCAACAUUCCCAUCACUCACAACAGACACAAAUGGAGGAGGACUGCUUCGGUGGAGUCAGGCUUCACUUGGACUUGUUUCUGUACUCUGAUCAAAUGACUUCUCUCACUGGAUCCUGUUUUCAUGUGUAGAAAUUUGAUUAUUUAUUGAACUUUUUCCUUUUGUGGCCAGCCUUCCUCAGAUGACUUGCUUUUAACUGAUAUACCAGUCAGUGAAAGAACACACAUUUCUCCGGAAAUUAGGAGAGGACGAAGUUUAAUCCAAGAGCCAAAGUGACAAACAGGAAGUUGAUAAAAAUGAUUUUUUUAAAAAGAUUUUGGA